AUUAGAAGCAGGCUCCUAGCAUACAGCAGAGAGCCUGAUGUGGGGCUCAAGUGCAGGAACCGCAUGAUCUGAGCUGAAGUCAAGAGUCAAAUUCUUAACCGACUGAGCCGUUUAGGUGCCCCUGCUUAGGUCUUUUAAAGCAAGAUUUUGGUUAACUCUAGACUUUUAAUGCAUGGUAUAAUUCUUAGGGAACCACUGCAAGAACAAAAAUAGAGGCUGUAACUUCCAAAUCAGUAGAAGAAAUAGAUAAAAUGUUAAAAAAAGAAUCAGUUCAAAGGAAGACAGAGAAAAGAAACUGAACAGGUAACAAAUGGAGAGAGCACAAAAUUAGAUGCUAGAUUUAAACCUAGUUAAAGAUAAAAAGUAAAUAAUUGCACAGGUAUCUUCCUAGCCUAAGGCAUCAUCAGCUGUUGCCUCCAAUAAUUUCCUAAGUAGUAUUCCCGCCUCAAUUCUUGCCUCCUUCUAUGUACUACCCAUAUAAUAACAGGAGUAGUUUUAAAAAAAUGUAAAUCAGCUCUUUUCUGCCAUCUUUUCUGUGCCACCGUAAUGAUGCACAUAAAUGUGCUGGCAGAUUCUCUCAAGAGUAUUAACAAUGCCAAAAAGAGAGGCAAACACCAGGUUCUUAUCAGGCCAUGCUCCAAAGUCAUAGCUGUGAUGAUGAGGCAUGGUUACGCUGGCGAUUUUGAAAUCGUUGAUGAUCACAGAGCUGGGAAAAUUGCUGGGAACUUCAUGGGCAGGUUAAACUGUGGAGUGAUCAGCCCCAGAUUUGAUGGGCAACUCAAAGAUGUAGAAAAAUGGCAGAAUAAUCUCCUGUCUAGCCAAUUUGCUUUCAUUGUACUAACCUCAGCUGGCAUCAUGGACCAUGAAGAAGGAAGAUGAAACACACUGGAGGGAAUAUCCUGGGAUUUUUUUCUAGGGAUAUAAUACAUAUGUGCAAAUAAAAUGCCUCAAUGGACCAUAUAUAUAUAUACACAUAUGCAUGCAUAUAAAUCAUAUCACAAUACUCUCCUGUUGAAAACAUUCCAACAACUUCCUGGUAAAUUCAGUGAAGUCCGUACUUAGUAGUGCCUAUAACACCUUACAUGAUGUGGUCCAUUUCUGUUUCUGUGACUGCAUAUCCUGCUAUCAUUUUUCACUCAAGCUUAGGGCCCUUAAACUUGCUGUGCCGUCUCCCUGGAUCACCAGGAGCAGUCAGAAUUCUUAGUUCUUUUUUUUUUUUUUUAAUUUUUUUUUCAACGUUUAUUUAUUUUUGGGACAGAGAGAGACAGCAUGAACGGGGGAGGGGCAGAGAGAGAGGGAGACACAG